AUGGUACCGGAGGUUCAAGCGCUAUCGGACCACAUCGGGGCUCGCUUCACAGCCGGAUGGAGAACAGCUAGACAGAAGCAUGACCGUGCCAAUUGCCCCGCCCGAGAGGCUACAUGUCAUAAGUGUGUAAAAAUAGGUCACUUUCGAGCGGUAUGCCGCAGUUCAUCAUUUGGAGCAAAGAAUACAGUGCAUGAGUUGGAGGAUUCCCUUGACGUGGAGACUGUUUUCCUGGGUGAGAUUAAGGACACCAGCAAGAACUAUUGGGGUGCUUAUCUUCAAGUAGAUGGCAACACUACGCACUUCAAAUUAGACAGUGGUGCCGCGGUAACUGUACUAUCAGAUGGACUACAGUGGCUUCGUGGAAUAAAACUGAAGCCUGUAGGUAAGAGACUCUGCGGACCAGGAAAAACAAAACUAGAAGUUUUGGGACAGAUCAAAGCCAUUCUCCAACACAAAAAUAGGAGAGUCUCAGAAACCGUCUACGUUGUCAGGAAUCAAGAUUGCUCAUUGUUCAGCAGAAAGGCAUGUGAAGAGCUGAAUCUAUUGAUCAGAGUAGAGGAACUUGGAGAUACCCAGAAGGAGCAGGCGAAUUUCAGGGCUGAAUUUCCACAGCUAUUUACUGGAUUGGGGAAACUAGAAUAUGAGUAUUAUAUCACACUAUCCCCAGGAGCAAAACCGGUAUGUCUCUACACACCUCGGAGAGUUCCUCACCCCCUCUUGCCAAAAGUGAAAAAGGAAAUUGACUCGAUGUUAGAACAAGAAGUAAUUUCUCCUGUUACAGAGCCUACGAAAUGGUGCUCCGGAAUGGUACCAGUCCCAAAACCUAGUGGAGCAAUCAGGAUUUGUGUUGAUCUUACACAACUCAACAAAGCAGUAGAGCGGGAAGUACAUCCAAUGGCAUCAGUUGAUGAAAGCCUUGCCAAGCUAGGGAAAGGCACUAUCUUCACCAAGCUGGAUGCAGACAGUGGGUUCUGGCAGCUGCCCUUAGAUGAAGAAUCGAAGCUUCUGACAACUUUCAUCACACCGUUCGGUAGGUUUUGCUUCAAUAAGCUACCGUUCGGGAUCUCAUCCGCUCCCGAGAUAUUCCAACACACAAUGUCUGGUAUCCUGGAGGGUCUGGAAGGAGUCAUCUACUACAUGGAUGAUGUUCUGAUACAUGGAGCUACAACAGCAGAACAUGACACUAGGGUGAGAGCAGUGUUGCAGCGUGUUGUGGAAGCUGGCCUCACCCUUAACAGCAAAUGUGAAUUUUCACGAGAGACAAUGAAAUUCUUAGGCCACAUUGUGGAUGCAACAGGUGUGAAAAUUGAUCCAGAAAAAACAUGGGCAAUCAGAGAGGUUCCGGCACCAAGGACCAUCACAGAACUUCAAAGAUUCAUGGGUAUUGUUCAUCAAGUUGGAAAGUUCCUACCCAAUUUGGUAGUACUACGUGUACUCUUGAGGAAGGACAACGGAUGGUGCUGGGAGGAACCACAACAGAGAGCAUUUGUGCACAUAAAGAAAAUGAUGAAAGAUGUCACUGAAGUUCUUGCCCACUACGACCCAUCAUUGCUUACAACUAUUGCUGCUGAUGCAUCGUCGACUGGAGUAGGAGCAAUACUGCUCCAGACUCAGAAGGAUGGACACCGACGGCCAGUCUGCUAUGCAUCCCGUUCGCUGACUGAGACUGAGCAACGUUACGCAGUCAUUGAGAAGGAAGCUCUAGCGGCUACAUGGGCUUGUGAAAAGUUCAGUGACUAUGUUCUUGGUAUGUCCUUCAACAUUGAAACUGACCACAAGCCUUUGGUCACACUGCUCAACACAAAGGAAUUGUCAAAGUUGCCCCCUAGGGUGCUGAGAUUUCGACUAAGGUUGAUGAGAUAUGAUGCAACCACAGAAUACGUGCCUGAAAAGCAACAGGCCACAGCAGACGCCCUCUCAAGAGCACCAGUAGCAUCCCCAAAGCCAGAGGACAUAGCUGAGCUAAACGAAUUGACCGAAGCCUUCGCAUCUUCAUCUACCCUCACCUUACCUGCAACAGACCGGAGACUGGAGGAGAUUAGAGACGCACAGAGACUUGAUGAAGAAUGUGCGUUAAUCAGAGAGUAUUGUGAGAAAGGCUGGCCUGACUACAUGCCUCACAACUCUAUCCUCAGGCAAUACUUUGAACAGAGGGGACACCUCAGUGUGAUUGAUGAUUUGCUCAUGUAUGAUGAAAGACUGGUCAUUCCCAGGGCUCUGAGACUAGACAUCCUACAGCGCUUACAUCAAGGUCAUCUAGGCAUCACAAAGUGCAGAGCCAGAGCUCGACAGUCGGUCUGGUGGCCAGGCCUCUCGAAGUCAGCGGAAGAGAUGAUCUCCAGAUGUACUACUUGUACCAUCCAUAGUCAGGAGACUAAAGAACCAUUGAUGACUUCAUCCUUCCCAAUGCGUCCUUGGGAGAGACUAGGAAUGGAUCUCUUUGAGUAUCAAGGAAAGAUGUUUCUUAUAGUAGAGGACUACUAUUCAAGAUGGAUAGAAGUAAAAAGGCUACAUGGACACACUUCUGAAGCCGUGAUCAAAUCCUUGAAGGAGAUAUUUGCUGUACACGGUAUCCCUGAUGUGGUGAUUUCGGAUAACGGACCACAAUUCGCGAAUGAGACUUUCCAGAAAUUCGCUGAGAAGUAUAGGUUUGUCCAUACUACCAGCUCGCCAAGGUAUCCUCAGGCAAAUGGGGAAGCGGAGCGAGGUGUACGAACAGUGAAAGCCUUGUUGAAAAAGAACGAUGAUAUCGACCUUGCUUUGCUGAGUUAA